AAAUGACCUUUUAAAAGAACAGCAAACAGUCAUUAAAUAUGAUAAGCCAGACCACUUGUUUUUCUUACAAAAACAUCCAAACUUACUUGACCAUAUACAUGAGAGCAUUGAAUUCAAGACCGCAGAUGAAAAAAGAAAAAGAAAAGUGGUGAAAGUUAAAACUGUUAAUAACUUUGCAGAUAAUCUUAGAAAACAUUAUAAUAAAUAUAUUUCUAGAACUACUAUAAAUAAUUAUCUCUUACUAUCUCAAUCAAAUUCGAUUGCUACCAAAGUACAUCAUCAUUCUGCCUAUAUCUUUUCAGUUGUCAUCUUACAAGAUGAUAAAGCCAAGGUUCCUCUUGGUAUUUCAGCA